AUGCAGCUGGAGCACGAGUUCAAGAUGGAGCGGGGCGAGAUCACCGACACCUCCUACACCGGGCCAGGCGCGGGCCGGGAGCCGGAGCCCACCGGCGGCGGCGGCGGCGGCAGCGCCGGUCGGGAGCGGCAGCGGGAGGGUGGCGUGCAGCGGCAGAGCUCCCGGCUCUCGGAGGGCGGCUCGGACUGCACCGCGGCGCCGGCGGAGGAUGCGGGCGAGGGCGGCGGGGGCCGGUCUCCGGCCUCCAAGGCGUCGACGCCCCGCGAGGGGAACCGCAGCCUGGACCGGGCGCUGUCGGAGGAGCUGUGCGAGGUGAAGCGCAGCGCCUCGGAGGCCAUCAAGGCCACCUUCCUCCGCAGCCAGAACAGUGCCUUCAGGUCCUGGAAGGAGCGGGAGGCGGAAAGGAAAGAAGAGAGGGCGCCCGUCGGUAAGCUGAAACUGUCUCCCAAGCACGACUGGCGAGCCGACCUGGGUGAGAUCUCUGCCGGCAAGUCCACCAAGAUGUCCCGCCUGUUCGUCCCCGCCAUUCAGCACACUCCUCGGGAGAAGGAACCCGGCAAGCGGGCCACCAAGUGCUUCGCCGCGGCUGCCGCCGCCUCCUCUCCCGCCGCCGGCUCCGCCGCCACCUCUCCCCCCGCCGCCAAGCCCAAAGCCCCCGAGAUCAAGAUCAGCCUGGGCAGCCUGCAGCAGCCCCGGGACGCCGCUUUCAGCAUCGCCCAGCUGCUGACGCCGCAGAUCGCAGGCCGACCGCCGGACGAGGGCAGGGGACAGCCGCUCAAGCCUCUCAAGGCCGGCGACGGCCCCGACAAAGUGCCGCAGUUCCUGGUGCGCGACGUGAGGGACAGCAAGUACAGAGCCCAGGGCAUCCUCCACCAGGUGCGGGACGUGCGGAAACUCAUCAAAAGCUCCUACAGCGCUGACUCGGGGGAUAACAGCAGCGACAAGGGCAGCGGCACCUCCGAGCAAGGCGGCCCGGAGCAGAAGCCCCGGCAGCAGCUGGUCAUCGCCGGUGUCCCCCGGUCCCUCUCCCCUGUGGUCAUCACCUGCCAGGCGGUCGGCCACACCGGCACCAAGCCCACCGAGGCGGGGGCCAAGGCGUCGGGCAGGGCGCCCGCCUGCCCCCCGGAGGGCACCGUCCUGGUGCACCGCACCUCGGGCAGGCUGCCAGUGGCCACCAUCGCCCCCAACAAGAGCGAUGCUCGCCAGCCGGCCGUGCUCAAGAUCGUCUCCAAAUCCUCCGCGCCCUGGCGGCACCAGCCCCCGCCGCCGCCCGCCGAGAAGGGCCGGGGACCGGAGGAGGACCCGCGAGAGGAAAGCAAGGCAGCGCCGGUGCAGAACGCGCUGGAGAAGCUGACGGCGGCGGUGCGGAGCAUGGAGGAGCUAUACAGCUUCAACAAGCGCGAGUGGAAGCGCAAGAGCGACCCUCUGCCCAUCACCGACAGCCACGUCCUCUCCCUUAUCGCCAGCCAGGAGCGGGGCGUCGGGUCCCGACCCGCCGCCGCUGCCGCUCCGCCCCCGCCGCCGCCGGCGGACAAGGCGGAGGAGCCGUCGGGCAAGGGGCCGAGCAGCGAGCGGCUGCCCCGCCGCCCCUCCAACAGCGCCGCCGACAAGGUCUCGGCCAAAGCGGCCGCUUUCGAGAGCUUGGCCCGGCAGCGGCAGCGCGGCCCGCCGGCUCCCCGCGCCCUCCUCACGCUCCGCGGGGCGGGGGGAGCCGCAGCCCCCGCGCCGGCCAAGCCCCCCUCCGAGGGCGGCCUGCGGGGCCCGGCACCGCCGCGCUCCCCUCGGUUGCCCGCGGGCGGCGGCGGCGAUGCGGAGCGCGGCCCCGACUGCGGAAACUAUCUGUCCCUGCCGCUGAAGGCGGCCACCGAGCCCGGCUCCCCCCCGUCCCCGGGGGCGGCGGCGGGCGGCGGCGUCCGCCCCAGCCCGGUGUCGGCGGCGGCGUCGGCGGCGGCGCUGUGCAGCCUGCAGCCCUUCGGCACGGCCAAGCCCUCCGGCAGCCCCAGACCGCCGCCCGGACCCCCACCCGCCGAAGAGCCCCCCGCCGCCGCCCCGCCGCCGGCCGAGGGCCCGCCCGCUGCCCUGUACCGCCCGCCGCUGCCCUUCGCCGCCCUGCCGGGCGCCGCGCCGCCGCCGCUGCUCUGCUUCUCGCCCUCCGUGCCCGCCGCGGCUACAGCGGCCGAGCCCUUCCCGCAGACGCAGCGCAAGGUGCUGCUGGACGUGAGCACCGGGCAGUACUACCUGGUGGACACGCCUGUGCAGCAGCCCCUCAAGCGGCGCCUCUUCGACCCCGAGACCGGGCAGUACGUGGAGGUGCCGGUGCCCCAGCAGCCGGCCGUCGCUCCCGUCCCGCUGCCUCUCUCGCCCCUUGCUCUCAGUGCCGGCGCCUAUGGCGCCACUUACAUGCUCUACCCCGGGCUCCUGCCCGCCGCCACCGUGCUGCCCUCCGGUGCCCUGCAGCAGCCGCUGUCCCACCCGGGCAGCGAUGGCAGUGCCCCGGCAGCGCCUGGCAGUCCCGCCGCGCCAGAGGCAGCUUUUGCCGAGAGUCCCUACUACGUUGCUACCAGCAAGGGCCCGCCGCCGCCGCGGCACGGGGCAGCCGAGGCGAAGCCGGUCAUCAGCAUCACAGCGCCGGCCACCGGCCCGCGGAUCGUCGCGCCGCCCUCCUUCGACGGCACCACCAUGCGCUUCGUGGUGGAGCACCGGUGAAGAGCGCGGGGAUAAGGAAGAAGAAUUAUGCUUCUUUAAUUUGAAAUACACUUUUUAACUCUUCAACAUUAAUCCUAAAAACUGCUUCUACAGUUUUCUCAAGUGUUUUGCUUCAUACAAAACAAGCAUGUAAGUUUCUUGUUUUCCCCUAAAUGCCCCCCUGUUUUGGAGUAUGCCUACAUUUAAUUAUGUGAGCAACACUAAAUUACUGCAGUAUUUUGUGCAAAGUUGUUUUUGUACUGAAGCUGAUCUGCAGGCUUUAGACAUUGCCUCUGUGCUGGUAGCCAGUGGUAGUGAUGCCACUACAGCUGUUUGUAAAAUGCAGGGUGUAAGUGCAGCAGUGUUGCAGUGUGGAUCUACACACAGCUUCAUUCAGGUCCCCGGAGCGUGUUGUGAUGAUCCAGUGCAGCCCUGCAGCUCUUCAAAAAUAAAGCCCUCAGCUCUCUCCUACUGCAGUAAAUGAGGGUCUUCCAUAUAGGUUUUAGUCACAAUUUGCAAUCAGAUGGUUUUUUGUACUCUCUACUUCUCACUUGGAAUUGCAAAUGAAGAGAGCUGUAGUGUUAAAUUUAUCUUUAGUGUUUGUUUUUUGGCAUGGUUCAAAACAAACUGUGUAAAUGUCAGAAAACACAUUUGAUUGCUUUCAUUUUUUGUUUGCUCCUCUGCACUGCAUUGAACAUCACAAGUUGCCUUAAUUAUGACAGUGUUUAAAUACUGGGAAACCAGAAAUUGAAUGUAAUAUUUUAAAAUCCUGGUUCUAAAGGAGAGAGCAGCAUUUAUUUUUCUUUAAGACUGCUGUCUAUUCUUCCUUAAAUUGCAACAUUGUUGAAAACAAUGCCCUGUGAGAGGAAUUUUUUAAUGUUACAGCCUCAAUAGUACUUAGUUGUUUCUUUAGCUGUUGUUUGACAGGUUUAUCUGAGGGCUACAAUUACAAUUUGCUAAGAAAAUAUUUAUCUUUUGAACAAAAAAAUAUAAAAUAAGAUUAGCGAAAUUGCAGUGAUUUGUAUGUCCAACUCUGCUCAAACUGAUUGUUUUGUUACCAGUAACUAGUGUGUCUCAGCAAAAGAGAAUUAUUAUGACAGUAAAACUAAAAUACAAUAGUCUGUUCACUGCCCAAAAUUUCAGUUCAGUGAAGCACUUUGGGAAGCACAUAAAUGUAAGAGCAAACCUAAAUUAUAUAACGUAAAGCUUUCUUGAGGUAACAGAUUAGAAUUUUAAAGUCUAAAUGCAAAACUCAAAAGUCUAUACUUAAGCAAUUUGCCCACAGGCAGGAUUUUCCACCACCUGUUCUCGAGGUUUCCUGCAGCUGGGGAAGUUUCAGUGUUUCCCAUUUCUAAAAUAAGCCCUGGGUUUUCAUUUUCCUGAGUAACUCACAAGGUGUGGGAAACUCAGGUAGAACUGUCUUUAACCAUAUGUGUGAGAUGGUAUUUCAGUGCAAUUUAUUUGUUUACAGGCACAAAUUGUAAUUGCCCUCAGGAUGAAAUGCACUGCAAGCAUGCAGAUAGCGAGUGAUUUCUCAUGUAUCUCCUCACUCAUUUUCAUCAUUGUGAAAAUCCAAUGAAUAUUCUAACCCUUUUCAAAGAGCUUGGUGUGCCCAGCUAGAGCACAUACCAUCUAAGGCUAAUCCCUGUGCUCUUCAGCUGUACACUCUGCAUUACAAGCUUUAACUUCCCACUGGGAUUCGGGCUCACUGCCUCUUAAAGGAAAUGAUGCUUCUCCACCUUUCUCAUGACCGAUAAGCCCAUAGGUGUUGUGAUUAGAGUAUCAGUGUUAAACAGAACAGUACUUGGGACUGCAGGACAGUGCAGGUACCAGAGUAGAUGGUCCCCUGUGACACACACGUGUGCAAGACGUCCAGUAUAAUACUAGCAUCCCUGUUCCAAAAUGUUCCUGUCCUACCUUUUCCUAUAUCGGUGCUCGGAGCAGAGUUUCACAUUGCAGUUUACAAAAUAUAGGUUUGCACACACAACCUCAGGUUUACAGUUUCACCCGGUGUACUUGAAAGGAAAAAAAAAAAUGCAUAGAAAGCAAGUGCCCAGGAUUUCAACAUGUAUUUGUUGGAGGAAAAUUUUGCAGGUUUUUUUUUUUUUUUCCCAUUGUCUGUGGAGAUGAAAGCAAUAAAAUGAGGGAAUACCAACAGCUAUUUAUUUUCUCAGGGGAGAUUACUUCAGUGGAAUGUGUCAAUCCUAAUGUCAAACAAUGUUUACUUGAUUUUGUCUGUUACUAAAGAGACUUCAUGUUUGCAUCAAGGGGUCAGUUUUGCAAGGUGCUUCUCUUCGCAGACCUAGCAAAGCCUUCACAUGCAUCUCCAACUUCAGAUAUCUUCAGAUUCCUGGGGACUUCAGUGGAAGGAUUUUUUCCUUCCCCCAUCUAUGCAAAGCUUUGCUGAACUCAUCCCAGAGUGCUGAGUGCCUUGCAGACCCAAGCACCAUGUUCUUCACUUUAGAGAACCCGAGCUCUGGGCUUGAGUCAAGCCGGACUCAGCAGAUAAUGCCACAAAAGGUCACCAGAAGAAAGCUCUGGUAAUAUGGUGCUCCUCCAUGUAUACCCAGUGGUGAAUUUCUCCAGUGGAUGGGGUGAUGUGUAACCACAUAUCUUGGAUUAGAGUCAAGCCCUCCAUGUCAGGGCUCACAAGCUGCUAGUAUUAUAUGUUUCACGGUGCAGUCAUAGUAUGUUACAGCUGAAAUUCACCCCAUGUGCAAAGCAAGACAAAAUCCUGUGCACCACUCAAGUUCCCUCCCAGCCCUGCUGUCAGGGUUUGAGGGCUGCACCAGCAAACUGUCCAUGCAUUUUAGGUCAGGAUCCAAUUAAAAGUUUGAGUAGGACUGGAGUGAUGCACCAGAAUGUUGUUCUGGUCUUUUGCAACAGGGUUGGUUUCACUCAAUAUCAAAUUUAGCCCUUGGUGAAUCAACUGGUGAAUGAUUUGAAAUGUAUUUAUGGGUUGUGUGGGGUGUUCUUCCCCCUUGUCUGUAUUCAAAGCUACCUUUAUUCUUUAGUGUUGAUGGCCAAAGUGUCAUUCCUUACGCUUAUAUAUUGCCAUUAACUUGUGGCUACCCGAGAACACAUACUUCAAAAAUGCUUGUGCUUUUUUUUCACCUAUUUCCUUUUUUUUUUUAAUUUCUUCUUUAUUUUCCCCCGCCCCUUUCUUUUUCCUCUCAUUUUUAAAAGGAGUGGGUUAGUUAUCGGUGUAAAGAUAUUGAAAAGUGCAAAUGUGAAGUAAGGAUAAUGAUUGUUAAGAGGAUGUGGGUGGUAUGUCUGAUGAGAGAGGGGUGGGCUGUAAGGCAAAGGGGAAACUGCUGUGAACGCAUCGUGUUGAUGAUUGUUGCCUGUGGAGGAAGAAUUAAGAAAAAGAAGAUGUAUAACUGGAGAGAAAUGGACUCUUUGACCUGCUCUCAUUGUAGACAACACUGUGGCAAGUGUGUGGCUGAAACCCGAAGUGAUCCCGCUGCAGGAUGCCGUGGGCCUGGGAUUGAAGGACAGCAGAGUCGCUCUGGGAAUUGCACAGUGGGAACACUUCAGUGCAUCACAGCCACGUGAGAACAGACUGUCUGAAACCUCCAAGUACCAAAGUUUGUAACUGAAUGAGUUGGCAUUUGUAUUAUGUUGGGGUUUGUUUUUUUUCUCGAAUGUUAUGAUAAAUAAAAUGUAUUUUUCAGUAAAAGAUACACUGCAAGUAA